AAGAGCGAGAGGCUGAACGGUGCGGCGGCGGAAGAUCAGCGAUCGCUGGCAUGAACAUGGCGGAGACCGUACGCUCGCUCUUCGACUACCGGGAGACACACAGCCUGGACAGCGACGGAGAAGGCAUCAAACCGGCACUGCCGCUGAGAGGGCGCGGCUGUGGAAGGAAAAGAAAAGGGACACCCGUGAAAGUCUUUGUUACACACACUGAGGAAGAGAGCGUGUCUGAACACAGCUUCAGCCCAGGUGAUCGUAAAGAAGCAGCAGAGAAUAAACGGCCCAUGCUGGACGGGCCUUUCUACAACACAGAGCUUCACAACUGUGCUCCAUCAGCGCAGGCUCAUGACAAAGUCUCCUCCGGAUCCAAGACCGGCUCAUUCUCAGCCUCUACACCAGCUCCGGCUCCUGCCGCUUCCUCGGCCUCAACCCCAGCACCACUACCUGCUCCGGCCCCGGCAACUUCAGCUCAGGCCCCGUCUAUGACCCCCGCGUCCACGGCUCCAGCUGCCCCGACAGCCUCUGCUCCAGCCCCAACAGCCAGCUCAUUCCCCCCCCCUCCUAACUGCCGCAUCCGAGAGGUCCACUGUGGCAGCCAGGUACGGUUGGUCGUCAUCGCCAUCAGAGACAUCACCAAGGGCGAGGAGAUCACUGUGGACUACAGCCUCACAGAGUGGGGGGAGAACUUGAGUUUCCGUGGAACUGCCUCUCCAACACAACAUGAGUGUAACUCUGACACCGAGAAUAACAACAAUAUCAAAAAGGAGGAUGAGCCUCUCUCACUGACAUCCCAGCAGCAACAGCAGCAGCGGCAACAGCAACAGCAGCAGCAGCAGCAGCUACAGCAGGAGUACGUCACCCCCUCAUGGUCCCUCUCCCCCUCCUCCUCCCCCAUCUCCCACUCUGACGGCAGUGACUCAGACGCUGGAGAUGAAGACAACGCCAGCCCCCGCGGGCGGGCACUACAGCGGCAUAAGAAACGACGCAGCACCCCUUCAAAGAAAAAGACCCCCCACCGGACGCCUCCCGGGCGGCCGCCACUGACCUCCCCCACUAGCAUUCCUCAUCACAACCGUCUGCUUCCUUCAUCCCACCCUCCAGCGCAGUCCUCCCCUCCUUGCUCGUCCUCCUCCUCUUCAGCUAAGCCUGUGUUCAAAGCUCCGGCUCCGCUGGGCUCCAACACCAAAGGCAAUGUCAACAUAAAUGUCCCCAGAGGAGUAGUGUCCAUAGACUCCAUGCGCCAGACCUGUGAGUACUGUGGACGCCACUUCCGCUCCCUGGGUCGCCACUUGGAUAAACACCAUGCUCACCAACCAGAAGUGUGCUCUGCCCUGGUGGAGCGCUACACACAGAUGCCCCGUCUGCAUUCACAGAACCCUCCCACAGCUCACACACACACUCCGCAGCACUCAAAGUCCCCACAAGCCACGGGUCAGAGCCGCAGUUCAGAUCUUCCACAGAUUGGCGUCCAGGACCUCUCCAUGCCACCGCCCACUCUCGCAUCAGCUAACCAAUCCCCUGUGCUGACUCCUCCACGAGGACAGAGCGCAGUGCCGGUGUCUGUCCUAAAGAGAAGCCCACCCCCUGUGGCUCUGACACAGUCCAGGAAGGGGAGGAUAAAGACAGAAAGACAUGAGGAGGAGGGAGACGUUGUGGAGGAGGAAGAUGAAGACGAUGUGGAGGUCAUAGAGAUAAAGAGGCCCAAAGAAGAGGAGGACGAUGUUGAGGUGGUGUGCCCUCAGCCUUUCAGCAGCAACUUGGCCAAAGAGAUGGAGCCACCAAAAGAAGAGGAAGACGAGGAGGAGGAGGAGGAGGAGGAAGAGGAGGAGGAGGAGGAGAAUGGAGUGAUGGAGGUGGAAGAUGAUAGUGGGACAGAGGAUAAGGAAAAGGACUUGCUGAGUGGUUCGGGGCGUCACCACAUGCUGCCUCUCCUCUCGUCCUUGUCCUCUCUGGUGCUGUACCUCCGUCGGCUGCAGCACUCAGCCUUCUUGUCCCUGUCUCGACAGCUACAAUCAGCCGAGGCCUGGCGCCUUCUUUGCCACUCCAGCCUGGCUCUCCUCAUUCUGUACAACCGACGUCGGGAGUGUGAGGUCUCCAAGCUGUCCAUCGCCGAAUAUCGUGCCCGUAUAACUCCCCAGUGCCCCGUUCCUGUCCCGCCUGGUGCCCCUCCAGCUCUCACUCCGUUGGAGGCCUCCCUUUCACCCUUUGAGCGCCUGGUGCUUCCUCACCUCCCUAGAGUUGGCGUCCAGGGUAAACGUGGACGAGUCCAGCCCCUCAUCCUCCCCCCUCACUGCGAGCCCUGCCUGGAGCUCCUCCUGCAGACACGGCAGGAUGUGGGAGUUGACCCCGCAAACCCGUACGUCUUCGCCAGGCCUUACCACUCUCCUGCCACACCGCUGCGAGGUACAGACCUCCUGCGCAGCCUGGCCCGCUCAAGUGGUACCCGCAAUCCCCGCGCCCUGACCCAGACCAGGGUUCGCCGGCAGGUAGCUAUACUGACCCAGCUGCUGUUACUGGGAGAAGGAGAGGAGCCCGGGCAGCCUGGAGGCAGCGCUGUGGAGAGGCUGGAGCACUUCCUAGAGAGGGAGUACCAUGUGACACAGAACUGUGCUGGAAUUGGCCAAGACCCAGGCCUGAUGGGCAGAGUGGGCAGAGUGGUGCUUUGUGGAGAGAGAGAUGGAGUGCUGUUCAGAGGAAUGAGCCUGAACCACAUCUGCCUGGAACUGGAUGUUAUGUCAGGAAACUCUGCAGACUCAUACUCAGAGGGAGAGUCUGAAGGGGAGCAGAUGAAGGAGAAGCCUGAGAUGCCUGAUCCUGCUCCUGCUCCAGCUCUAGCUCCGAUCCCUACACCUACCCUGCUGUAUGUCAGGAAGGGCAAGAACAACGGGCGGGUGGGACGUCCCAAGAAGCUCAAGAACGCCCAGCAAACCGUUCCACCUUCACCUACCGCAAACCAUAGUAGAGGCUCUGGUCAGCCCAAAUCAGGAAAGCGAGGCGUCCUGAAGCGUCCCUGGUCAGAGGCGGAGCGUGCUGCGGUCGAGGAGCACCUUACCCAAAACAUCACCGAGCUUCGGGUCCCCGCAAAGGCUGACUGUGAGCGCUGCCUGCAGCAGUGCCCCCUGCUGGUCAGCAACCAUCGCGACUGGCGAGCGAUCAAGUUCUACUGCCACAAUCGCAUUCAGCUACUGAAGAAAAACCAGCGGCGUGAAUGUGAGCCCCUGGCCCUCACAGUCUGCUGA